AAUAGAAAGAAUGGAAGAGUUGAAACUAAGAGCAGCUUCUUCACUAGAAAACAAUGUCAAGUGCUUCUUUUGUAAUGGCCUUGUACGUGUUCAUGGUGGCCAUGUUGUUCUUUCCCACCAUAGCGGGUGCAAUAGGUGAGCACCGCCUAAGGUGGGUGCCUAAGACAACAGCACCACCUUGCGAAGGCUCCAUAGAAGAGUGCAUAGGAGAUGGUGAGUUUGGAAUGGAUUCUGAGUCACACCGGCGCAUUUUAGCAACCUCACAGUAUAUAAGCUACAAGGCGCUGCAACGUAACACUGUGCCAUGCUCAAGGAGGGGUGCUUCCUACUACAACUGCAAGCCAGGUGCAGAAGCUAAUCCUUACACUCGUGGCUGCCCCACCAUCACCCGUUGUCGUAAUUCUUAAAACAACCUCAACUUUCUUUCUAAGGAAAAUGAUACUUAUUACAACAAAUUCAUGCAACAUUUUAUACGUCUAUCUAUCUCUAUUACAUCAUUUAUUAAUGAUUUAGAGAAAUAGACAUUCAAAAUGAUGUUAUGAAAAUUGUUGAUGUGCAUUAUUACCCUUACUUUAAUUACACCUAUGCCUUCUAGUUAUGAAUUAUGAUGUUCAGCCUUGUUAUGUUUUACCUUAAAUGUUGUUUUCCUUUGCUUUUGUAAUUUUAUGUAAAUUAAUCUUAACUGGUGUGCUAUACAAAAAAUGUUUGUGCAC